AUGCCGACAGGUCGAAUCUACCCCUUGGCUCGGCCGGAGGGCCACAAACCCCCUGUGCAGCGGUGGCGAUUAGUCUACCCAGAUGCAGCGACCCCAGUCCAUACCGCGUAUAUCGGCAUCCAACAACAUGAUGAUUCCGCGGCCGGGCAGGAUGCCUUCCGUACUGCAGCAGAUGUGGUGCGAGAAUUCGUCAAAUCCAUGUCUUGUCAGGACCAGUCUCGCGUCACGGAAACCUUCCGCUUCCUGGAUGGCGAUGACUGCAAAAAUGCAAUCAUCCACGUUUGUUACUGGGAAGAUGCCCGUUCCUACGAGGAAGACCUCAGCCGACUCCGGCCAAUGGACAUAUACACUCGGGUCCAGCGGGCACCGGGUAUCGGCAUCUGGUGCGAACGGUUCACCACGCCAAUAUCGCGACUGGAAACCAACUACUCCGGGAUCGAUUACCUGCCAGGACUCGCCCAACUAUCCCAGGGACAGCCAACGGAACAUACCCUGACGGCGUACUGGGGCGCUGCCCGGGAUCGCAUCCCCAGCUCUGGACACGAUGCUUUCCCUCGCGACCACCCGGAGAGCGCAACUUAUCCGCCUCAGAUACCCCGCGGACUUGGCCAGAGACUGUUCGGUUGCAACCCGUACGAUAACCUGGUGCACAUCCGUUCCGGUCAGUAUUGGCAACGCUGUGACGCAGCGGAAGCCGAGGCGUAUGAAACGAUGCUGGAGCCAACAUUGAAAACAGGGUUGAAAUAUCUGUGGGACACCCGAGAUGAGUCGGGAGCAAUUGGGCUGCGCUUUCUUCGCAACGAAUGGGGGGCUGAGGAGGCAAAAGAGACCUGCGCCGCAGGCUUCUUUCGAAACCUCGACGAUCUUGAGCAAUGGGCGAAGCAACACCCGUCACAUAUCGCAAUUUUCAAGGGUGCUCUGAAACAUGCGCGGGUGUUUGGAGAGAAUCGCAAGAUGAGGACGUGGCAUGAAGUAUCUAUAUUGAAAAGGGGGGAAGCGCAUUUUGAGUAUGUGAAUUGCCAGCCUCAUACAGGUGUGAUCAAGUAUGUAGCGUUGCAGAGUGAGGAUGUAUGA